UUUGUACAGAAAGCUACUAAAAUCAUGAAGACUUUUUUGCCAUUAAUAAUAUUAGCAGUUUACGUAAAACCUUCUAAUGGAGCAUAUUGCGGAAAUGACUGGAUCACGUAUAAAGACGACCUAUGUCUCAAAAUAUUUUUCAAACCUAUGAGCUAUAGCGAAGCAGCGAAAUUUUGCUCCGAUCAAAGUGACUUAAUGUACAGUCCAUCACUGAUCCGAGUCAAACCAUUGCAACUGUACAGUUAUCUAGCUCAAAUCGGCCAAUUUACGAAUAACAGCAUCUGGAUUGGACAAAUAGAUUCAAAUGCGAAUGCAUGUUUGCAAAUCGAACCACGCACCAGUACGUUGCAACGCGUUCAUUGCUCGCAAAUGAAUUUACCAUUGUGCCAGAAAUCGCCAGACUGGACAACAGAAGAUGUCAUGCGAAAAAUCACCAUCAAUCAUAAUAGCAUUGUGGCUCUCAGCUCCAGUCUAGCUCCGAUAGAAGCGGCUAUUAAGAAAAUGACAAACAUUCAAGACAGCUUGGUCGCUCUCACCAGUAACCUCAUUCCAGUUGGAUUCAUUUACAUUCAGUACCGAAAACAAAGUAGUCCAACUGCAUUGUGGCCGACGAUGAUAUGGACCGACGUAACUAGUGAGUAUGCUGGACAAUUCUUUCGAGCUUUGGGUGGCGACUCUGCAGGAUGGGAUGAGGUGCAACAAUCGUGUUCUCCGAGUAUAUCCAAGAUAGACAACAUAAGAAGCGAUGUUUACGCUCAUGCUAUAACUUUGCCAACUAAUGGUUAUUCAGCUAGACUUUUUACUGGGAAAUGGGAGCAAACGGGAACAGCAACUCAAUUUCAUGUAGCAGGCUGUGAGGUUCGACCAAUCAACUCAGCUGUCAAAAUUUGGAAACGAACCGGAUAAUUUGUGGCUCCUGAUGUUCGCUAAAUAAACAAUUUUGCUUUUCUCAUCAAGAUGUGCCCCCAAAUAAUAAAAUAAAAGUUAGAACGAA